AAUAAAAAUUCUUUUUUUUUUUGUUUUCCUUAUUAAAGAAUCAUUUUUAUUGGGAUUUGUUGCUGGGUUUUUGUUCCUAGAACUGUACUGGUUUAACUUCUCAUCAUAUCUCUAUAUAUAUCUAUAUAUAUGUAAAUGGGCAGCCAAAGGUUUGUUCUUUUGAUGAGAUUGGACUAAUGGGUUAUGGAAGAAGAAGAUCUCAAGCCCGGUUUUGAUUGGAAUCUGGCGAUUUUGUUGAUUUUCCAGAUAAAUGGAUUGAAGAACCCGUCGUUUUGGAUGCAAUGUUUACAAAAGCAUUAGCAUCUGGGCUGCUACUGAUUUCGUGCCUCCUCAUCUCCUCCGUCGCCUCCGCCUCCGACGCCGUCUUCCCCCGAUGCAACUGCGAGGACGAAGGAAGCUUCUGGAGCAUCGAGAACAUUCUAGAAUGCCAAAGGGUCAGUGACUUCCUAAUCGCCGUGGCCUACUUUUCGAUCCCUAUUGAGCUUCUCUACUUCAUCAGCUGCUCAAACGUGCCUUUCAAAUGGGUCCUUUUCCAAUUCAUCUCCUUCAUUGUCCUCUGCGGAAUGACCCAUUUGCUCAAUGGCUGGACUUACGGCCCUCACCCAUUUCAGCUCAUGUUGUCCUUAACCGUUUUCAAGAUUCUCACCGCUUUGGUUUCUUGUGCGACGGCCAUAACUCUCAUUACUCUUAUUCCUUUGCUUCUCAAAGUGAAGGUCAGAGAGUUCAUGCUGAAGAAGAAGACUUGGGAUUUGGGCCGGGAAGUCGGCAUGAUUAUGAAGCAGAACGAGACCGGAUUGCACGUUAGAAUGCUCACUCACGAGAUUCGUAAGUCGCUUGAUAGGCAUACUAUUUUGUAUACUACAUUGUUUGAGUUGUCUGAGGCUUUGGGUUUGCAGUACUGUUCGGUUUGGAUGCCUAACGAGGAUAAGACUGAGAUGGUUUUGACCCAUGAAUUGAAAGGGAGGAAUUAUUCUAAUUUGUAUAAUUUUUCUAUACCUAUUACUGACCCUGAUGUUGCGAGGAUUAAGGGGAGUGAGGUUGUUAACAUUCUUGAAUCCGAUUCGGCUCUUGUUGUGGCGAGGAGUGCGGAGAUUGGGGAGCCUGGGCCGGUGGCUGCCAUUCGGAUGCCGAUGCUUCGGGUUUCCAAUUUCAAAGGGGGGACCCCGGAGCAUAUCCAGGCUUGUUAUGCUGUUUUGCUUUUGGUUCUCCCUGGUGGGCAGCCGCGGUCUUGGAGCAGCCAGGAGCUUGAGAUAGUAAAGGUCGUUGCUGAUCAGGUGGCUGUGGCGCUUUCCCACGCCGCGGUUCUUGAGGAGUCUCAGCUCAUGAGGGAGAAAUUGGCAGAGCAGAAUCGGGCGUUGCAGAUGGCGAAGAGGAACGCAAUGUUGGCGAGCCAGGCGAGGAAUGCGUUCCAGAAAGUGAUGAGUAAUGGGAUGAGGAGGCCGAUGCACUCGAUUUUGGGCUUGCUCUCGAUGCUGCAGGAUGAGAAUUUGAGCAAUGAGCAACGGGUUAUUGUUGAGGCGAUGGUGAGGACGAGCAACGUUCUGUCGACUCUGAUAGACGAUGUGAUGGAUACUUCUACAAAGGAUAGUGGGAGGUUUAUGUUGGCGAUGAAGUCUUUCCGUCUACAUGCCCUGAUAAAGGAAGCUGCCUGUCUUGCCAAGUGCUUGUGCUUGUAUAGGGGAUUUGGUUUCGCUGUUGAGGUUGAAAAAUCUAUGCCUGAUCAUGUAAUGGGAGAUGAGAGAAGGGUUUUUCAGGUGAUUCUGCACAUGAUCGGAAACCUUUUGAAUGGCAACAAGGAAGGAGGAUUGGUCGUGCUUCGUGUUUUUCCCGAGAGCGGGAGUCAGGGAAGGAAUGACCAAAGAUGGGCGGCUUGGAGACCAAGCUCCUCAGAUGGGGAUGUAUAUAUCAGAUUUGAGAUUAGGCUGAGUGAGAGUGGUUCUCAAUCAGAUGGGGCAAUUCCGACAGCACCGGUUGUUAGUCGGAGAUACACCAGCGACGGAAUUGAGGAAGGCUUGAGCUUCAGCGUCUGCAAAAAGCUUGUGCAGAUGAUGCAAGGGAACAUAUGGGUAGCCCCAAGCUCUCACGGAUCUGUCCAAAGCAUGGGGCUACUUCUUAAGUUUCAGCUCAGACCAUCCAUUUCAAUAGCAAUCUCCGAACCCGGAGGCUCAUCAGAACACCCGCAUUCCAAUUCUCUUUUCAGAGGGCUGCAAGUUUUAGUAGCUGAUGAUGAUGACAUAAACAGGGUUGUAACAAGGAAGCUGCUCGAAAAGUUAGGUUGUAUUGUAACCACUCUUUCUUCUGGGUUUGAAUGCCUCGCUGCUAUAAGUCCAGCGAGCUCUUCGAUACAAAUCGUGCUCCUGGACCUUCACAUGCCUGAGUUGGAUGGUUUCGAAGUUGCAAGUAGGAUUCGGAAGUUUAGGAGCCGUAGUUGGCCGUUGAUCAUUGCCUUGGCAGCAGGCGAUCAAGAAGAUGUCUGGGAUAGGUGUAUGCAGAUUGGAAUCAACGGGGUAAUCCGAAAACCGGUUCUGUUGCAAGGAAUUGCCAACGAGUUGCGAAGAGUCCUGUUGCAGGCCAACAAAAUGUGAAUCAUGAUAUAACUUAGCAUACAGCACAUUUGUUGUCUUUCAAUCCCCUCCACAACAAGCUUCAGACAUUGAGAUGUUGCACACAACAUUCAAAGUCAGAAUGGUAUACAAAAGUUGGCUCUUAUCUUUUAUUUUCUAUCUCAUGUGUUUGAGCGAUGUUAUAAUUUACAUAGAAUAGUUCCAGAUUUGAUCACAGUAAUCAAUAUUGUCAUAGAAAGACAUCCUUCUAAUA